UUUUUCUUCACGUGUAUGUGGAAUAUUUUGAUUUUUUAAAUUACAAGAAAAAUCAAUUAAUAUUUAAUUAAAAUGGCAAUCAAGAUACUUUGUGACUUGAAAAAUCCACCCGUUGGUGCACUGGUUGUUGCUGAACUUAUCAAAUCGACUGAUCCAGUGGAAGUUGAAUGGAAUAAUAAGGAGACAUCGAUUCAGUGUGGUAAUUCUACAUUAUCCUGUGUUACAAACAAUGAUUUGUUAAGAAGUUUGGCUCGUCAUGCACCAAAAUAUGAGUUGUACGGAAAGACACCGAUUGAAAGAACUCAAAUUGAUCAUUGGCUUACUUAUUGUCUGAAUUAUGAUGCUGAUAUUGAUACAGCUAUUCAAUAUUUAAAUAAAUGUCUUGCUCCACUCACUUAUCUCGUGUCUAAUAAGCUUACAAUUGCUGAUUUGGCAGUUUUCAAUGAAUUCUUCGCUAAAUAUGAUGAUUUAAAGAAAACAGGACUUCCAAAUAAUGUUCAACGCUGGUAUAAUCUUAUUAUUGCACUUGAACCUGUUCAAUCAGCGUUAAAGUCCAUUCCCAAAGAUGCAAAGGAAAAGAAGAGGAAUGAAAGACAAGAAUCACCAAAUCCAAAUGUUGGAGAUAGAAAGCAAGAAGGAAAAUUCGUUGACUUGCCAGGUGCUGAAAUGGGUAAAGUUGUUGUACGUUUCCCACCAGAAGCUUCUGGAUAUCUUCAUAUUGGACAUGCUAAAGCUGCUCUUUUAAAUCAAUAUUAUCAACAAGCAUUCAAUGGAAAAUUAAUUAUGCGAUUUGAUGAUACAAAUCCAGCAAAAGAAAAUGUACAUUUUGAAGAAGUUAUUUUAGAAGAUGUUGAAAUGCUACAAAUUAAGCCAGACUUGUUCACUUAUACGUCUGAUUACUUUGAAUUGAUGCUUACAUAUUGUGAACAAUUAAUGAAGGAAGGAAAGGCUUAUGCUGAUGAUACAGAACCGGAAUUAAUGAAACAAGAACGUGAACAACGAGCUGAAUCUAAAAAUCGCAAUAAUUCUGUCGAUAAGAACUUUGCAAUGUGGAAAGAAAUGUUAGCAGGAAGUGUAACUGGACAAAAGUGCUGUAUUCGUGCUAAAAUUGACAUGUCAUCGCCAAAUGGAUGUAUGAGAGAUCCAACAAUUUAUCGAUGCAAAAAUGAACCACAUCCACGUACUGGAACUAAAUAUAAGGUCUAUCCAACAUAUGAUUUCGCAUGCCCAAUUGUUGAUGCUAUUGAAGAUGUGACACAUACACUGAGAACAAUGGAAUAUCAUGAUCGUGAUGAUCAAUUCUAUUGGUUUAUUGAUGCUUUAAAAUUAAGAAAGCCAUACAUUUGGGAAUAUGCUCGAUUAAACAUGACAAAUACAGUUUUAUCGAAGAGAAAAUUAACUUGGUUUGUUGACGAAGGCUUAGUUGAUGGAUGGGACGAUCCUAGAUUCCCAACAGUUAGAGGUGUAUUAAGAAGAGGGAUGACUGUUGAAGGUUUAAAACAAUUCAUUAUUGCACAAGGUUCAAGCAAGUCUGUCGUUUUCAUGGAAUGGGAUAAGAUUUGGGCAUUCAAUAAAAAAGUUGUUGAUCCAAUUGCUCCACGAUAUACAGCAUUAGACAGUACUAAUCGUGUCAUUGUUAAUGUCAAUGGCGCAAAAUUAGAAUCCGUUCAAGUCCCAAAACAUCCAAAGAAUAAUGAUGUUGGAAUGAAGACAAUUUGGCUUGGUCCACAAAUAUACAUCGAUUAUGCUGAUGCUGAGUGUAUGAAGGAAGGCGAAAAUGCUACAUUCAUUAAUUGGGGAAAUUUGAAAAUCAAGAAAAUUAUUAAAGAUAAUGGUAAAAUCACUUCAGUUGAUGCAGAUUUAAAUUUGGAUGAUAAGGAUUACAAGAAAACAUUAAAACUGACAUGGCUAUGUAAACAAGAUGAUACAGAAUAUCCACCAACAUAUUGUGUCUUUUUCGAGAAUAUUAUCAGUAAGGCUGUUCUUGGAAGAGAUGAAGAUUUUAAACAAUAUAUUGGACAUCAAACUCGAUCUGAAACGAGAAUGCUUGGCGAUCCAGAGUUAAAGAAAUGUCAAAAAGGUGACAUUAUCCAAUUACAAAGAAGAGGAUUCUUUAAAGUCGAUCAAGCUUAUGCUCCAGCCAGUGAAUUUUCAGGAGUUGAACGUCCAAUUGUUUUGUUCUUUAUUCCUGACGGUCACACAAAGGAAAUGCCUACUUCUGGAUUAUCAAAGAAAGCACAAGCUGCGGAGACUAAAACCACCAAAACAAAAUCAACUGGAUCGGUUGGUCAAGUCAGUGAUUUGAACGAAAAGAUUAACAAGCAAGGAGAGUGUGUCAGAAACUUGAAAUCAUUAAAAGCAGCUAAACAAGACGUUGAUGCUGCUGUAAAGAUUCUUUUGGAGCUUAAAACUGAGUAUAAGACAUUAACUGGUCAAGAUUGGAAGCCAAGCACAACUGUUGCUGCUCUACCAGCAAAACAAGAAAUUAAACCAGCAAGCACAGGAUCUUUUGGACAAGCUUGCGAUUUAAAUGAGAAAAUCACAAAACAAGGUGACGUUGUAAGAAAUUUAAAAACUCAAAAAGCAUCAAAAGCAGACAUUGACACAGCUGUAAAAACAUUAUUAGAUCUUAAAGCUCAAUAUAAAGCCGCAACAGGACAGGAUUGGAAACCAGGCACAGUUACAGCACCUGUUGAAGUAAAAAAAGAAGUCAAAGCUUCUGUUGGACAAGUAAGUGAUUUGAAUGAGAAGAUUAUUAUUCAAGGAGACACAGUUAGGAAUUUAAAAACUCAGAAAGCUGCUAAACAAGACGUCGAUGCUGCUGUGAAGCUUUUGUUGCAAUUAAAAGGAGAAUAUAAAACUGCUACUGGCCAAGAUUGGAAGCCUCAAGAAGCUCCAAAAGUCGAAGCUAAGAAGCCAUCAGUUGGACAGACAAGUGAUUUGAACGAAAAGAUCAAUCUUCAAGGAGAUACAGUCAGAAAUUUGAAAUCACAAAAAGCCGCAAAACAAGACAUUGACGCAGCUGUGAAAAUCUUAUUAGAACUUAAAGCUGAAUACAAGAAAUUAACCGGACAGGAUUGGAAACCGGGCACUCUCGUAGCUCCAGUUGAAGUCAAGAAAGAGCCAUCAUUAGGUCAAACUAGUGACUUGAACGAGAAAAUCAUUAGACAAGGCGAUUCUGUUAGAAACUUAAAGUCACAAAAGGCUGCAAAGCAAGAUAUUGACGCUGCUGUAAAACUUCUCUUAGAAUUGAAGGCUGAAUACAAAAAAAUAACUGGACAAGAUUGGAAGCCACAAGAAGCACCAAAAGUUGAAGCUAAAAAGGCACAAACAAAUAAGGAAAAUAUGGCACCAGCUGAUAAAGCCCCUCCAUCAAGUGAUAAUAAGAAAGAUGAAUUAACGAAAAAAAUUAAUGAUCAAGGAAAUGUCGUCCGUACUUUGAAAUCAAACAAAGCAACUCCAAAAGCUGACGUUGAUUCAGCUGUUCAAACAUUAUUGGCACUUAAAGCUGAAUAUAAAUCUGUAACUGGAGAAGAUUUUCCUACUGCACAACGUCAACAACCACAAAAGGAAGCAAAACCAGUGAAAGAAAAGAAGCAAGAACCGAAAAAGGCACCUGUUGCUGAACAAAAAGAUGAAGGCGGUGUGAAGAAACAGACAAGAUUAUGUGUUGAAGCUAAGAAAGAAGAGAAUUUGCCAGAUUGGUACGCACAAGUUAUCACUAAAGGUGAAAUGAUUGAAUACUAUGAUGUUUCUGGAUGUUAUAUCCUUCGUCCAUGGUCAUUUGCUAUUUGGAAGAAUAUUAAAAAGUGGUUCGAUGCCAAAAUCACAGAUAUGGGUGUAAAGGAAGCAUAUUUUCCAAUGUUUGUAUCCAAAGCAGCCUUAGAAAAGGAGAAAGAUCAUAUUGCAGAUUUUGCACCCGAAGUUGCAUGGGUCACAAAAUCUGGUGAUUCUGAUCUUGCAGAACCAAUUGCUGUUCGUCCAACAUCUGAAACUGUCAUGUAUCCAUCAUACAGCAAGUGGGUACAAUCAUAUCGUGACUUGCCAAUUCGGCUUAAUCAAUGGAAUAAUGUUGUGCGUUGGGAAUUUAAACAUCCACAACCAUUCUUGAGAACACGCGAGUUUUUGUGGCAAGAAGGUCAUACAGCUUUCGCAACAAUGAAGGAAGCACAUGAAGAAGUUUAUGCAAUUCUCGAAUUGUACAAGCAAAUUUAUACAGAUUUAAUGGCAAUUCCAGUAAUUAAAGGACGUAAAACUGAAAAGGAGAAGUUUGCAGGCGGUGAUUUCACAACAACAGUUGAGGCUUUCAUUUCAGCUAGUGGACGUGGAAUUCAAGGAGCAACAAGCCAUUACCUUGGACAAAACUUCUCUAAAAUGUUUGAAAUUGUCUUUGAUGAUCCAGAAACGAAACAGAAGCAAUAUGCUUUCCAAAAUUCAUGGGGAAUUACGACAAGAACAAUUGGUGUCAUGGUCAUGGUACAUGCUGAUAAUCAAGGUCUCGUUUUGCCACCAAAUGUAGCAUAUUCUCAAGUUGUAAUCGUUCCAUGUGGAAUUACAGCAACAACAACUGAAGACGAUAGAAAAACACUCAUUGAUAGCUGUAAGGAAUUAGAAAGUGAAUUAAAAUCAUGUGACGUUAGAGUUGAAGGAGAUUAUCGUGACAAUUAUUCGCCAGGCUGGAAAUAUAAUCAUUGGGAAUUAAAAGGAGUUCCAAUUAGAAUAGAAUUGGGACCAAAAGAUCUUAAAUCACAGCAAUUUGUGGCUGUAAGACGUGACACUGGCGAGAAAGUUACAAUAAGUCGUGCAAGUUCAAAGGUUGAAAUUCCAAAAUUGCUUAAAAAGAUCCAUGAAAAUAUGCUUGCUAAGGCUACAAAGGAUAUGAAUGAUCACUUGAAGAUAUCUAAAGAAUGGAAAGAAUUUACAAAUUUCCUUGACACAAAAAAUAUCAUUAUGGCUCCAUUCUGUGGUGAUAUUCCAUGCGAAGAGAGAAUUAAAGCUGAAAGUGCUCGUGAGGAUGCAGAUGGUGAUGCUCAAGGACCAGCUAUGGGGGCAAAAUCACUUUGUAUUCCAUUUGAUCAACCUGCAGAAAUUAAGGAUACCGAUAAAUGUAUUCAUCCAGCCUGCACAAAUAAGCCCAAGUUCUAUACACUUUUUGGAAGAAGCUACUAAUUCAUUAAUUAUACUGGAAUAUUUCAUAUUUAUCGAGUUUUUACCAAGCAAUGAAUAACAGUCAAAAAAUAUUUAAAAAUGUGAAAAAUAAUUAACGGUUCAAAUAAAUUCAAAUUCAGUUAUUCAAUAA